CUUUUAUGUUCAAGUCGCUCUUUGACAGGCGACUUAAGUUCGUUGUUGCAUCUCGCUGGACGCCAACCCACCCUCUCUUUAUCAUUAUAACUUACAAACCCCGAGAUCAUCUACCAUGUGUUUCAAAGUGGUAGAGCGGUUUUCGGUCUGCGGUUGCCUUUAUUUCCAACACGCGGUUGACCCGUGUGAAGCGUAUGGCCAACGAGGCCAUGUGGUGCAGGAGAAGGUUGUCCUCGUCGGAUAUGCAUGCGAAAAGCAUGCCGCACGACGGGGUGGAUCUACGCCUAAGGGCUGCAAUUGGCCCGAUUCUGGCUAUUCCAGCAAGGGAUUUUGACGUCGAUAAGAUAUGUCAAUUGCAAUGCCCAACCUACGUUGCAUUUUGACUUGUCUGUGAUGUGUCAGUCUUGGAGGCAACUGCAAUUGGAGUCACCAUGAAAACUCACGCGACCAAUUCACCUAUUCUGCCGACGACAAUUCGAUUCUCCGGGCCUUUAUUCAACGCAUGCCUCCUCCUUCCUCUUUACGUUCUACUAGUUCAAACAUCUCACGCAAUCUUCCCCUUCUUCCUGUUUUUCUUUCGGUUUAAUCAUUUGUGCCCCUAGUACUGAGCUAGGGCUGUCGAUGCCGGCCAUGAGACACGACGAAC